AUGUCGUUUUUUAGGAACUUACUUAUUGCCAUAGGUCUAGUUGCCAUUGUCCUCUCAAUGGAUGCUUUUGGCAAUGAUCAGGUCGAAUUGUUAGGCCGCGAAUCAUCACAGGAGAAUGUGUAUAUUUUACCGGGUAUCUUACCUUUUUCUGAGAAAGUUCCGCCGCUCCCAUGGCUUGGGCAUUGGGUAUACGGUGAUUCACCUGAGGCUGAGGCGGCGUUCUUUCAAGCUGAAGACGAGCAGCACGAGCUGUGGACGCAGUGGAGGAAGGUGUUGUCAGAUUGGGAGGGGGAAGUGCGCGGGGACGAUGCACGGAAGGGAAAGAAUAUCGAUAACCGUUUCACAGCUCAGAUGGAUUUCUUCAAAAUACCAACAAUGAGACAGCGCUACAGCGUUUACAAGUCAUUGCUUGCCGAUGGUUCCAAUCCAAAUGAGGCAAAGGGGUUGAAACUCCUGAUGGCGGUGAAACGUUUUGGGAAGGCAAUACAAAAUAACAGCCUUUCGUUAUUAGCUGGAGAUCCUCUGCAGACGUCAUCUUCUGCGGCGCACAUCAUUCACGCGCUCGCUACUAAGUGCUUUGACCAUACGACUUGCGACCCUUAUGCGAGUAAAAUGAAGUGCUUAUGGUCGUUUCUUCCAUCCCAUUUGCUGUACAAUACCGACAUCCUCUAUAAGGCACUCCACGAGGAGAAGAUGUUACAACGGGUAUUAGUAGCUCUUUAUAAAAAUACGAACCGCUCUACGGGUAUGGGGGCUUGGCAUGAUAGGGAUGCGAUCGAAAUGAAUACCACCCAAGCUAUGCAGCACAUCACGGACUACCUCCAGCGAAGCCAGAGUGCAGUUCAAGCAAUCUAUUCUCUCAGCCUCCCCUUGUAUUCGUUGGCGGUGUCACAGGUGAAUCUCGAAAUUGAGAGGAUAAAGAAGCUACUGAUUAACAACGAUGGCUCGAAUCAAGCGCAGGAGGCCCAAAUGAAGUUUCUUACAAAGAGACUCUCACGGCUUAAAGAGUGGGCAAAUGAUCUGGUGGAAUCCUACAGUUAUAUACAAAAGACUAAGCGAAAUGAAAAGUUGUCGAAAGGUACGGGAAAGCCUGAAAACGUGCCGGAGCAGGUACUUAUGGUAAGUUUGACGCUUAUUUCUAUCUAUCGUCUGAAUUGUAAUGCGGGUUUGCCUGCGCUAGAGGUGCUGCCGUCACCCACCACGGGGAUUCUAACGCGCCUCACUGGUUUGGUAUCGUCCGAUAUCACAUGGAAAUUUGGCGCCAUCGCUUGCUAUCUACUAUUCUUGGGGUUCGUAUUAUAUUUAUUCAUUGGAGUGAAGUGGUGGGCAUUGAAAGCUGCUGUCAGCAGUGCCCCUUCUUACCGCAGCGCCAACGUGAAGCGCUCCACCAAAAAUAAAAUCUACCGGUUUCUCUUCAUGUCGCUCAGGACGGGUGAGGCAUGGGCGCCACUGCUGCUUCUGGCUUGGGGAUAUGCGAUGUGGAAGUUUAGUGGCGCCACCUCUCCAAUGCUCUUGUUCGCGUGCAUGCGUCCAUCACAGCGUGUGGUGGUGUGUUUACUAGCUUUGAGCGCUCUGGGCAUUUCGAAAUCUCUAUGUAUUAGACUGAGCAUGCUGCCGAAUUGCAUUGCGGGACCUCCCCGGUACCAAUACGCGAGGAAAAAUAAUUAG